AUGACAGUGACCGCCUCAAGCGUCAGGAAGCGCAAACCUCAUGGGCAGUCAACACGUGACAAGUCCCCACCGACGUCGUCGGCGUCAUCUCCUUCUGCAGCCAAAGGCGCACUGGACGCGGCCACGCGCCGAGAGCACGAGAGCGAACAAAAGUUCGAGCGCGCGACCGAAUCUCUGCACCGCACAGAGAGUUGGCACGCCCGCGCGGCUGCGCAGUUGGCGCGGAAGCGCAUUUUCUCCAUCUUGGGCGGGAUUGUCAUUGGCGUCGCGGCCGUCAUUGGCGUGCAGAGCUAUUACCUCGAGACGCCGCUGAUCACGGAGCACUCGCUGCUCAAAGUGCGCGAGCUGUUUGACAACUUUAACUGGUCCGUGAACGUCCGGGAAGAGCUCUUGGCCGCGUUCGACCACCGGCCGAGUCUGCUUGGACCGGCCGAAGUGCGUCCCGGGCUCCAGUUGUUCCAGGACGAGAACAUCACGGCCCGCUCCCCAGUCGUGUUGCUGCCAGGCUUCACGUCCACGGGGCUGGAAAUCUGGAACGGAAGCGCCUGCAGCAAGGCCUACUUUCGACAGCGGAUGUGGGGCACCUCGCGAAUGCUGCAGCAGUUUAUGAUGAACCAAAGGUGCUGGCUCGAGCACAUGAUGCUCAACCGCUCGACUGGUACGGACCCCGACGGCAUCAAGCUGCGGGCUGCCAAAGGCCUGGAAGCCGCCGACUACUUGAUCGGUGGCUUCUGGGUCUGGGGCAAGAUGGUGGAGAACCUCGCCGAGAUUGGCUACGACAGCAACAAUCUGUACAUGGCCGCGUACGACUGGAGACUGAUGCCGCACUUGCUGGAAAAGCGCGACGCGUACUUUACCAAGCUCAAGUACACGAUCGAAAUGGCGCGCGCGUCGUCCAGCGGCCAAAAAGUCAUGCUGGUCACGCACUCGUACGCGAUGCAGGUGUUUUUCCACUUUUUAAAGUGGGUCGAAAGCGAUCGUGGAGGGCAGGGAGGCGACCAGUGGGUGGAGCAGAACAUUGAAGCGUUUGUCAACAUCGCAGGACCGACGCUGGGCGUAGUCAAGACGAUCAGUGCGUUGAUGUCGGGCGAGAUGAAAGACACGGCAGAGCUCGGCGGCUUGUCCAAGUUCCUGGGCUAUUUCUUCAGUGUACCAGCGCGUGCGCAGCUGGCACGAUCGUGGUCGAGUGUCUUUGCGAUGCUGCCGAUGGGUGGGGAUCGCAUCUGGGGCACAGUCAAUUCCGCACCCGAUGACAUUGUGUCUGCGUCGCCGCUAUCUACUGGAAAGAACUCGACGGUGGACCCGCAAAAAGUAGAGGAGCACGUCGAGCGCUAUGGCUCCGGUGGCCAGAUCGUUCGCUUCAUCAAUGCCACGCAUGAGAACAUCACUGCAGGAGACGUGCAUCACUUACUGGGAGAACUGGACCCGUACCUCGCCACUUUUAGCUCGUGGUUCAGCACUGGCAUCGCCGACGACCCGUCACUUCCCGAGUACGAUCAGGCCAAGUACUGGACAAAUCCGCUGGAAACCACGCUGCCGAAAGCGCCGAGCUUGAAGAUCUUCUGUUUCUACGGGGUGGGCAAACCUGCAGAACGAGGGUACUCGUAUGGAGACAACCCGUUGCAAGAAGAGAGCGUGUAUGUGAACGGCAAGCGGGUGGCCCCGUACGUGUUCAACACGGAAAUCAGCGACCUGCCAUAUAUCAAGGGCGGGAUCCGGUACACUGACGGCGAUGGCACAGUGCCUCUUGUGUCUUUGGGUCUCAUGUGUGCCAGUGGCUGGCGGACUCGAAAGUUCAACCCGGGAGGAGUCCAUGUUCGUGUUCGAGAGUAUAGCCACAACCCCGUGUCCAUGUUGUUUGAUGCACGGGGCGGACCUGAGACGGCGGACCACGUUGAUAUCAUGGGGAACCAUGCACUCAUCCGUGACGUGCUUCUCGUCGCUGCUCGUGCGUACGAUCGCGUGCCCGAGAAUAUCACGUCCAGUAUCAUGGAGAUUGCUGAACGGAUUGGCGAGCUGUAA